AUGGAAUUAUUGAACAAUCACAAAUUCGGUGUAUUAUUAUGUCGAAAAAAUCAGUCAACUGAAGAAGAAAUGUACAACAAUGGUCGUAAAGUUCGUCUUCGUAACUAUUCCGGAUAUAUUGGCGGAUUGGACUAUCGGAAUGACUCAACUGGAUUGGAAACGUAUGUUACUGAAUUUCGUGGAACAAAUAUUGUAUUCCUUGUAUCUACACUUCUUCCAUAUGAACCUAAUAAAACAGAACAGUUAGCUAGAAAACGACAUAUUGGUAAUUCAUCUGUCACAUUUAUAUUUGUUGAAGAAGAUGCUAUGCCAUUUCAACCGGAUACAAUAAUUUCAGGAUUUCAAAAAGUAUUCAUUAUAGUUAAAUAUAUUCGUUUAAAUAAUGAUGUUGAUGAUAAGAAUAAUUAUAAAUUUGGUUAUCGUGUAGCUGUUUGUCGAGCGAAAGAUGUACCACAAUUUGGACCAAUUAUAUCAAGUGAUUAUUUAUUUGAACAUCAUCUAUCGUUUGGCAAUCUAUUAUUAACUAAAGCUAUUAAUGCAGCUUAUGCUGUAUUGAAAUAUUCAAAAUUUCGUGAAAUUAUGCAACGUUCAAGAAGAGACUAUCUUCAUCAAUUCUGUAAUGAACAUACAAUUAAUACAGAGAAUGAGAAUUUAAAACAUGGUAAAAUGCAUUUAUAUCGAAGACAUUCACAAGAUAAAUUAAAACAAUUAAAAAAUUCAAUAAAAUUUCGUGUAAAUGUAACCUCAUCUUCAAUAGAUCAUGAAUUCAUGCCUAUAAAAUAUCAUUCUGAUAGAAUAAUACCAUUUAAUCAACAAAACAAUAAUAAUAAUAAUGUUAAUAAUCCAAAAUCAUUUGAUGAUUUAUAUAAACUACAUCAACCAGUAAAACGUAAUCAUUCUGAAUUGUUAAAAACAAAUUAUGAUUAUCAUGGAAAUUAUUUAGAUAAAUCUAAUGAAUAUAUUCAUUUAUCAAAUACAUUUCAUAAUUUACUUGAUUUUGGUCAAAGUUUAUAUGUUGGUUUAAAAAAAUGGCAAAAAAUAGAUGGAUGGCAUUCAGUCAUGGAAUUAUUACCCAAUUCAUCAUUAUAUAAUAAUAAUAAUAGUAAGGAUAUAUAUUCAACAGAUGGUUCUGUCUAUAGACCUUUAAUCAAUAAUCAUUAUUUUGAAACACAAAUUGGUAUUAAUCGAAAUUGGUUAGUCAUUUUUGCUCCAUAUACUAUAUCAUCAGAUUUAGCUAAUAAAAUUCUUUUAGCUAUUCCAUUAACAUCGAUAUUGCUUGUUUAUUUGAACAUAAUAGAAAAGUAUUACGUAUCUACUUUGAUUGUGGACAAUAUUUGGUCCAUAUCAGAAAUUGGAUUAAGUUUAUCAUGUUUAAAUCCUAAUGAUAAUUAUAAUAUUCUUUAUUCAUCAUCUAAUUCAUUAUCAUUAUUAUCUUAUUUAUCACCAUUUAAUAUAAAUCCAUUUCCAUAUAUUAUAAAUUUACAAAAAAAUAAUAUUGAUUUUAAUUUAUAUCAACAAAUCAAUAAACAAAUUUUAUUACAAAUUGGUUCAUAUCAUUUACCAGAAUUAAUUCGUUAUAUACAAAGUAAAAAAUCAAUAUGGUGUUUACAAAAAUUAAAUAUAUCAGGACCAUUUUAUAAUUUAUAUUUUCCACUGAUAUAUGAUUUACAAUUUUCAACAUAUUUAUUAACUUUAAUUAAUAAAUUAAAAUUUUCUAAUAUAAUUAAAUUAAUUAUAUGUGAUCUACCAGAAAUUGAAAUAUUGAAUCGUGCACGUAUUAGAUCACAUCGGAAUCAAUAUGUUAAAUAUUAUAUUAAUAAUAAUAAUCAUAAUAGUCAUAAUGUUCGAAAAGAUAUACGCUUUUCACAUCCUUCAACAUUAAGCACUGACAAUCAUCCUCCUCAAGAACAACAACAACAACACCGCCAUCAUCACCGACAUGAUGAAUGUUGUGAAACUUCUAUAGAAUUCAUUUCAUCUAGAGAUAAUUCAUUAUCAUUAUAUCAUUUACCGCAUAUUAUAAAUGUAUCUAAUAUAGGUUCUAAUGAAAAUAUAAGAAUAAAAAGAAAUUCAAAAGAUUUUAUAAAUUUUUAUGGAAUUAAACAAUCAAAUCGAAAGUAUCAUUCAUUAGAUGUUCAGCAAAUCUUUUCAUCAACUGACUUGUACACAAAUUUACAAAGUCAAGAAAUAACUGAUAACAAAUUAAUAACUAAAAAUAACAAUGAACAUUCAACUGAUUUCACUUCAAAUGGUUUACAAACAAUGAAUUUAAUUGAAACAGCUAAUUGUGUUCAGUCAAGAAGAAGAACACGUAAACCUGAAUUAAUUUUCAUGAAACAGUCAAAUCAUGUGGAUUCAACAACUGUUAGUCCGCCAAAACACGAAGAACUAUGUUUGAAUAAAGAAACGGUAAUAAGAAUAUCCAACAGUAAUCUUCAAGACAAAAAUGAAACUAACAGUGAAAUCUCUAAUCAGUUUGAAACACGUCCAAGGAGUGUGAAUGACCAGAAUAACUCUCCAAUUCCUGAAAAUAACAAAAUACAAGUCACUAAAAUAUCUACUACAAAUCAAAAUGAUUUAAGUGAAUCUUCAUUAUCUACAUUGAAUCCGGAUUCAAAUAAAACUAAUGAUUUAUCAUUAAAUAAUUCAUUGAAUUCAAAUGUUGAUACAACAUUCCAUAUACCAGUGAAAUGGAGACGAGCUAAAACUGAAAAAAUUCAUUCACAUUGUAAUACAGAUGCUAGAAUUAUUACAAUACGUCGUCGAUUACAAUCAGCUGGAACAAAUACAUGGAAUACGAAAUUACAUGACAAUACUACAUUCAGUAAAUUGGAACAAAGUCGGUAGGUUUGCAAUUUUUAUAACAGAGUUUUACUCAGAAUAAA